GCUUGCUGCGCUCGGGCGGCGGAGGCGGCCCGCCCGACGACUGGGACAGUCGGGCGGCCCUGGCUGCCCAGCGGGCCGCCGAGCGCGGCGCCCAGCUUGCCGCGGCGCGCGCGGCCAACCUCAGCCGGUGCCACGCCGCGCUGGACGAGGUGCAGGUCGUGUUGACCAACCUGUCCGCGGAGCUGGCCGAGCUCCGCAUCCUGCAGGCGACGCCGUCCGAGCUGCACGAGGAGCCUGACACGCUCCUGUGGCACGCGAUUGGGGUGGUGCUGACCGCGGCGCUGACGCACCUCUUCCUGAGCGACGGGACCGCCGCCGAGGCGGCGGAGUUCUUCAGUGAGCUGGUGCCAGGACGGGUUGUCAGCUUCUACUACGAGGAUGACCCGAGCAUAUGGCACGAACGACUGCUGCUGUGGCCGUACCCAGGCGUUUUUCCCAACACCUGCUGGAGCUGCCUCACGCCUGACGGCGAUGUGUAUCCCGAGGAGAUGGCGGCUGGGCCCGACGGCGAUGGUCCAAGCCGCGUCUCCCUCACGAUCGGGGCGACUCCUGCUGCUGUUCGCCCACCAGGGCGAGUCUACAGAUUUCGUGAAUAUCCUGCCGAGGACGACAUGAUCGACCUCUUGCGGGACGCUCGCCUGGCUGGCCGCAGCGCCGGCUUGCGCGAGCCCGAGCCGACGACCUUCAUGCGCGACGGCGGCCGACACUCCAGGAGCAUGACGGUCAGUCUCAGCGACGUGCCUGGCUUCCUGCGCCGCACGCGGGGCAAGGGUCCGUCCGCUGCCGUGCCGCGCGGCCCGCCCCCUGGCCUGCCUGUGGCCCCGCCCCCGCUGGAUGCUGCGGGCGCCGAGCCAGGGGCGCUUGCCGACGGCGAGGUCGGGGGCACUCCGACCCCGAGGGACGGCCCUGGCGCAGUCGUACUCACGGACGAGCGGGCCGCACCGCCUGGGUCUGCAUGGAUCGUGAUGAAGACGAUCCCCAACGAGUGCCAACAGCUCGACGAGGUCGCCCCGAGGGCGGGCGACGUGAUUUGGGGGGAGAGCGGACUCUACAGCACGACGGGCGGCUUCAUUGUCCCGAUCGAGCUCCACCCUGUCCCGCUGUCUGCCGAGGUGUCGGACAAGCUGGCUGACGACGACGCGCGGCUCCUCGGCCCUCUCCAGCGCACGCGGGAGGGCCGCAGGCACCGCGACUUUCGUGAUGCGGUGUCGGCCAUGAGACAGGAGCAGCAUGACGAUUUCCCGCUCGUCGGCGAGCGCAGCUUCAAGUGGCUGUGCGACUACAUCGUCGACCAUGGGGGCACACCUGAUGGCCGCCGCACCAAGUGGAUGAUGGAGAGCGGCUGCACGAAGGACUCGGCGGCUGCGCACAUCCACGAUCUGCUCGGCUUCGCCAUCGAGAUGGCCGUCACCUACGACCAGGUCGACGGCUCCAACCUCGCCAUCAUGGAGGUGGUCUCACGGGCCUACCAGCUGAUCGAGGAGACCAUGGGGGGCAUGAAGAUCGAGGGCGUCGAGCACUACAUCGGCCGCCAGAAGCAGAGCGCCCGCCGUGGCGUCGCGACGGCGCCGGGGGUUGCCAAGCACGCCACCGAUCAGCUCGCCAAGGAGACGGAGAUCCAGAAGCAGAGGCGCAAGGCGCGCGAGGAGAAGUCUGCCCAGUCGGGCAAGAAGGACAAGGGGUGA